GUGGCUCGCGCUCGGUCGGUUUGUUUGUUUCCCUGUCAGCGAAGGCCGGGGGCGCGUGAGGGGAGCCUUGAAGGAAGGAGCGCGCUCUCGGCAGUCGCGAGCGAGAGAGAGCGCGACUGACUGACUGAAAGAAGGAAGGAAGGAGUGAAGGCGGCAGGCGGAAGCCAUGGCGGACGUCCUGAGCGUGCUGCGCCAGUACAACACGCAGAAGAAGGAGAUCGUGGUGAAAGGGGACGAGGUGAUCUUCGGCGAGUUCUCCUGGCCCAAGAACGUCAAGACCAACUAUGUCAUCUGGGGGACGGGAAAAGAAGGCCAGCCAAGAGAGUACUACACUUUGGAUUCGAUCUUGUUUCUCUUGAAUAAUGUGCAUCUUUCACAUCCUGUUUAUGUCCGCCGUGCUGCAACGGAAAACAUUCCAGUAGUAAGAAGACCUGAUCGAAAAGAUCUCCUUGCAUACCUAAAUGGGGAAAACUCAACAUCAUCAAGUAUUGACAGAAGUGCACCACUUGAAAUAGGCCUUCAGCGAUCUACUCAAGUUAAAAGAGCAGCUGAUGAAAUAUUAGCAGAAGCAAAGAAACCUAGAAUAGAGGAUGAAGAGUGUGUGCGGCUUGACAAAGAGCGGCUUGCAGCCCGUUUGGAAGGGCACAAGGAAGGCAUUGUGCAGACAGAACAAAUCAGAUCUUUAUCUGAAGCUAUGUCUGUGGAAAAGAUUGCUGCAAUCAAAGCCAAAAUCAUGGCCAAGAAAAGGUCUACGAUUAAGACUGAUUUGGAUGAUGACAUAACUGCUCUUAAACAGCGAAGUUUUGUUGAUGCAGAAGUUGAUGUAACAAGAGAUAUUGUCAGUAGAGAAAGAGUGUGGAGGACAAGAACUACCAUCUUACAAAGUACCGGCAAAAACUUUGCCAAGAACAUAUUUGCAAUCCUUCAGUCAGUCAAAGCUAGAGAAGAGGGCCGUGCACCUGAACAAAGACCAGCACCGAAUACAGCACCAGUGGAUCCCACCUUAAGGAACAAGCAGCCUAUUCCAGCUGCAUACAACAGAUACGAUCAAGAAAGGUUUAAAGGGAAAGAAGAAACGGAAGGUUUCAAGAUUGACACAAUGGGCACCUAUCACGGAAUGACUCUGAAGUCUGUGACGGAGGGAGCUUCAGCACGGAAGACUCAAACUCCAGCAGCACAACCUGUACCAAGGCCAGUCUCCCAAGCAAGACCACCUCCAAACCAGAAAAAGGGAUCUCGAACACCCAUAAUCAUUAUUCCAGCAGCUACCACCUCUUUAAUAACUAUGCUUAAUGCAAAAGAUCUUCUGCAGGAUCUGAAGUUUGUGCCAUCUGAUGAGAAGAAAAAGCAAGGCUGUCAGCGAGAAAAUGAGACCUUAAUACAGAGAAGGAAAGACCAAAUGCAGCCUGGUGGAACUACAGUCAGUGUUACAGUACCGUAUCGUGUGGUUGAUCAGCCUCUAAAGCUUUUGCCUCAAGAUUGGGACCGUGUUGUGGCUGUUUUUGUUCAGGGUCCUGCUUGGCAAUUCAAGGGCUGGCCAUGGUUGCUUCCUGAUGGAUCACCUGUUGAUAUUUUUGCAAAAAUUAAAGCUUUCCAUCUUAAAUACGAUGAAGUUCGUCUAGAUCCAAAUGUCCAGAAAUGGGAUGUAACACUGUUAGAACUCAGUUAUCACAAACGGCACUUGGACAGACCAGUUUUCCUGCGUUUCUGGGAAACAUUGGACAGGUACAUGGUGAAGCACAAAUCUCAUUUGAGGUUCUGAAUUCUUGAGUGCCAUUUUGUUUUCUCAAACUUUGGAUAGAAGACUUUGAAAACUAUUUUGGUCUAGAGAGGAAUGGUCUCCCAAUUCAUGUGUGUCAAGAACAUUACACAG